AUGUGUGACGUGACGUUCAUCGCGAGGACCUCAGAUGGGCUGCUGCUGGCGGAGGCCUGGUCUCCCCACUUCAGCCUCAGCAGCAGCAGCAGCAGCAGCAGCAGCAGCAGCAGCAGCAGCAGCAGCAACGCACUGCAGCAGCAGCAGGAGCAGCAGCAACUGAAGCAGCAGGUCAAGCAGGUGCUGCAGCGGCUGCAAGGCGACUCCGUCAGCGGGGCCAUAGAGGCGGGAAACCUCAGAUUCUAG